AUGUCACCAAAUGAUUCUGAUACAGCAGCUGUGGCAGCACCCAACAACCUGCUCAACAAAAUUGGUGCACUUCCAAGAUUAGCAACAGAUAUUGCAGCAGAGACUUAUUUGCAUCAUAUGGAAGCAGGGGUUGAUCAAGAUCCAAUUUUAGAACAAGACAUGGAGUCACCGGUACAGCUACUAGUAUUUCCAGUUCUGCCCAAUGCUGCCUUUGGUAACAAUAUCUUUUCCAAGGUAGGAGCUGUCCCUGCUGUAGUAGCACACCACACAAACUGGUAUGAAGAUGAUGAAGCUACUCUAAGUGAUACAAAUGGCAGUGUGCCAAUCAAAGACUUUGGUAUUUCCACACCUAUUGGUUAA